AUCCAGAAAGCAGUUUAAUUCUUGAGGCUCUUUUCUCAUCCUCUUUUCUUAAAACCUGGAACCUUCUGACUCCAAGAAAACUGUAUUCUGUCCGAUUCCAGAGAUUUCCAAAGAGUAAGCUGCCUCUCCAUCAUCUCCGUAUGUGCCACUUAGAGUCAUAAGCCUUAUGUCAUCAGAGGGCUUGAAUGAAAGGCUGCCAUUCACUGCUGAGGCAUUUGCCAAAUAUUACUUGAGCAGCUACUCUAGCGGAGGCUCACCUGUGAGCACCCACCCCACGCUGGGCUCUCGGAAGCAUGCCCACUCAACCAUGUUCUCUAGCGUCCUAGCAACCAGAAACUCUGAUCUGAGCCCUGACGAAGACAGAGGCCAUUCCUUGCUGACCGUUGUAACUUGCCGCCCUGAGCCUCUCAGGGCCUUUUGGUGUAGCAGUUCAGAUAACUGAAGGCCAAUACUUGUCCUUAAGGACUCCCAGAAGCCUUGCCACAUCGGCCCAGCCCUGGCAGAAUGAGCUUCUCGGUCACAUACACGGAGCUGGUCAACAUAGCUAUCCCACGGUGUGGGGUGGUGAAUUUCAAGGCCCUUCAUCUCCUGCUCCAGGGCAUCCUGGACCACAUCCAAAUCUCCGAGCUGAAGAAAGUCCUCUCAGGGGAAGAGGACUUCCUUCAAACUUCACAGGUGAUACAUGUGCCCAGAGAAGGAGAUGCCCAGCCCAUCGUCAACCCUAUGAAGAGGCUCGGCAACAUCUUCGACCAUGUGGUAGACCGCAUCAACAAGAUAGAGAGUACGAUGCCUUCGACCUCACAACUUCUAGAGGCCAGCCAUGGGGCCAACCGGCCCGCCGAGGAAAUGUGGAACAUGAUCAAGCUCCAGAAGAGGGUUGAGGGCAACGAGGAAGCCAUAGCAAAGUUUACGGAGACUCUGCAGGAUCUGCUCAGUGACCUUCAUAUAUUCAAGAACACUGUUGACACCCUGAAGAAGGAUGUGGACAUGAUCAAGUUCAUAUUCGAGAAGGUAACCCCAGAAAGAAUGGAUCUUAUCUGUGAAGACUUGAAAGUACAGAACCGGAAGCUGGCUGCCCUGCAGCGGGAAGUGGCCACCAUCCAGAACAGGGUUCGUGACUUUCCCCAGUCUGAGGACAUGGUGCUCUGGACUAGCCUCCAUGAGGCCAUGUUCACUCAGGUGAGUGGAGGAGGAGGAGGAAUGGGCUAUAAAGGGGGCAUGAGACCAGACCAACCAGCUCAGUCCCUUCCCCUGCAGGAACAGCCUAAGGUGGAACUGGAGCUGGCUGGCAUGGGGCAGAGCACAACCUCCUUUCCAGAGACUUCCUUGGAGCAGUUUGAGGCUGGUGGCCACAGUCAUAUCCCCACACACACUAACACCUCUUUGAAGUCUGUGGUGCGUUUUGAUACCACUGGAGUCCUCCAGGAGGCCGAGCCCGCUCAAGCCGUUGAGUUCCGUGGCUCCCAGGGGCUAGAGCAGGCUCAGGCCACUGUGUCUGAGUCUGGCCCCAUGUCUGCAUUUCAGCCUGAGCAAAUACUAGGACCUGCAUUUGGACAUGGGCUUGUGCCACAGCUUGCUGGGAGGCCUGCUUUCAUGCCAGUCCGUUGGCCGAGGCCUAGACUGGUUGCCCCAGAAGCAAGGCCUUUCCUAUCAAGUGGCUGGCCUGGGGCCAGUGCUUGGCCUAUGUGGGAUAUGAGUGCCUUCCCGCCUAGCCAAGGUCCGUUUGGUCCUCAGGGCCAGAUGUACAGGGCUCCUUUCCCAGGCAUGGAAGUUGGACAGCCAUGGCCUCAGCCAUGGCCUCAGCUAUUGCCACAACAGGGGGUUCCUCAAACAGAGACCCACCAGCUCUCAGAUCUUGAAGAAAGAGAUGGUGACUAUGAUGAUGACUACAUGGGAGACUCUCAGGAAGAGGUCUCUACGGAUAGGGCUCCCCAGGAUGGGAUUCCCAAGGAAGGGGCUCCCCAGGAUGGGAUUUCCAAGGAAGGGGCUCCCCAGGAUGGGAUUCCCAAGGAAGGGGCUCCCCAGGAUGGGAUUCCCAAGGAAGGGGCUCCCCAGGAUGGGAUUCCCAAGGAAGGGGCUCCCCAGGAUGGGAUACCCAAGGAAAGGACACCCCAGGAUGGGAUUCCCAAGGAAGAGGCACCCCAGGAUGGGAUUCCCAAGGAAGAGGCACCCCAGGAUGGGAUUCCCAAGGAAGAGGCUCCACAUCACAGAGGCCGCAAGCAUAGGGCUCCCCGUCACAAGGUCCAGAAGGAUGGGGCUCCCCAAGUCUCCAUAGUCUCCAAAGAUAUGACCCAGAAGGACAAAACCAGGCAGGACACAGAAGCACAGCCUAAGAGCCUUCCACCUGCCUUAAAGAAGUUCAAGUCCGCUAUUGCCUUAGCCGCGGCAACAGCUUCAGCCUACGCAGCUGCAGCAAGAACAGCCGCCAAGGCAGUCAAUGCCGCUGUCAAGGCCAUCAAUGAUGUUCCUGCAAGCCAAAUGGCUGACAAAGCAAUAGAGAUCGCAGCAUCAGGGCCUUUAGGGACCCUUUCAAAUCUCCUGGGUACAGGAACUAACCGUGGGGCCACCAACGUCGUACACUUCAGCGAUGGUGAGAUGGAGGAGCUUGAAGGAGUUAUUCAGCCCAUCACACCCAAAUCAACCUUGUCCCUGGCCAUGAUGACUGCCAUGCAGGCUUCCAGUCCUGAAGAGAAAAAAAAAGCUGUUCGGCAUUCCAUGGGCUAUAUAGCCCAGAUGCCCGCCAAACACGACACCCUGAAGGAACAGUUCGCUCAUCUGUCCAGCAGCCUGCACCAGCGCUUAAAUUACAUAGCUAACAUGGGAAGUUCUGGCAAUCUUGGCAACACAGUGAAUGUGCUGGAGGAAAAGAUUGUUAACCUCCAGAAGGCCAGGAUGGAGGAAGAAGAACUUGAGAGAGUUUGGGGUCACCAGAUAGAGACAAUGAAGAGUCACUACAUGGUACUGGACAGGACAGUGGAAAAGAUCCGGAGUCAAGUGGAUGACUUAAAGAUCCUCAAGACUGAAAUCCAAAAGCUGGACCUGACUAAGGCAGAUAGGAGCAUGGUGGAUCAGGAGCUGAAUGAAAAAGCUGACAGGGAUAACUUGGCAAGCAAGGCAAAUCGGGCAGACCUGGAGACGGUGGCGAUGGAGCUAACUGAGAUGGCCCAGAGCAUGCUGCUGAAGAUCACAACCAAUGAGAGUGACUGGAAGAAAUCUCUGAAACAUCUCAGGAAGGACCUGAACACGAAGCUAGUCCAGAGUGAUCUGAAUAGCCUGAAGAGGGACAUAGAAGAGGUCUGGAAGUUGGUCCGGAAGCUUCUGCUAGAAGGCCUGCGAUUUGACCCCGACAGUGCAGCAGGCUUUAAGAAGAAACUGUUUGAGCGGGUGAAGUGCAUCUCCUGUGACCGACCUGUGGAGAUGAUGACUAGCCCACAGCUGAUCACCAUCCGCAACACCCAUGGGCUACCACGAAUGAGGCCAGCCAGCGCCAACAGCUACGAGUAUCUGCAGCGGCAGCUGAUGAGGGAACAGCAGCAGCAGCUGCAUUUCCAGAACUUUGGAGUCCAUGAGCAGGGUCUGGGCUUACAGAACGACUGGGGUGAUGGGCCUCGAAAUGAGACCACCUUCAAGCACAAGUCACACGAACUAUCAACAGUCUACCCUUAUGGGGGGCCUGAGACGGUGGACUAUGACACUGCGGAGGUGGACAUCCUGGGAGUGGACGGGGUCCUAUACAAAGGCCGAAUGAACAGCCAGUUUGGGACUCGGACUGGGGAGAAGGACCUGGCAGCCGUGAAGGUGUCAUGUCCUGCAGUUCAAAACAUGAAUGACCGUGUGCACGCGGGAUCCUCACUUGCUCCGGGCUACCCUCCCUUGGGUCCCCGUACCAGCAUCAGCUCUUUACAUUCUGCCACAACUUUGGCUCAGCCGCCAUCCCUGCCACUGGUACCACAGCUACCGCCACUGAUUCCAGUCUCAAGGGAUACCCAAGAGGGCCCUGGAUCUAACAAGCACUUGAAAUCUCUGCGGCAGGAGCACACCAACCCGUGAGACCCAAGCUUGUGAGCCAACUACCAUGGGGUCCCCUUCACUCUAAGAAACCUGGAACAGAUCCAGGAAAGGGUGCAGGGAUCCUAGAUACAGAGGAUGCAUGUUGACUCGGUGUUUUAACUGUGUAUCUAAAAUACAAACCACACAGUCCUUUCUAGCCAAUGUUUUCAUGGAUAACAUAGCUUCUGAGUGAGGUUUUUCACAGAGCCAACUGAAUUUCUUUUCUCUCUC